AUGGCCGUCACGAAAAAUGCAGAUGGCGAAGCCACUCUACCCUCUACAAUCCCAUUCUGGCGCAUGGUCUUCGACCAAAAAGUCGUCACGGAGGAAGUCAUGCGAUUCCCAUAUACUGGAUCAGGAACUGAAGAGGAUCCCUAUGCGGUGAUUUGGAUUCCUGCCGAUCCACGAAACCCCAUGAAUUUCCCGCAAAUGAGGAAGUGGGCUAUCACGCUGCUCGUCUCGUUCGUGACUCUGGCUGUCUCCUUGGUGUCAUCUGCGUUUUCAGGCGGCAUGGCUCAAAUGAUGGAGGAGUUUGAUGUGGAGGAGGAAGUUGUGAUUCUGGGUGUUUCGCUCUUCGUGCUCGGUUUCGCUAUUGGGCCUUUGAUCUGGGCGCCUCUUAGUGAAAUCUUUGGUCGGCGACAUAUCUUCACUAUCUCGUUCAUGUUCCUGACGGCAUUCAAUGCGGGAACUGCGGGGGCAACGAAUAUUCAGACUCUGAUUAUUCUGCGUUUCCUGGCUGGAUCCUUCGGUUCUUCGCCAUUUGGAAAUGCUGGCGGCACUAUUGCUGAUAUGUUCCCUGCUUCCCAGCGCGGUAUUGCUAUUAGUCUAUUCGCUGCUGCACCGUUUUUGGGGCCCACUAUUGGGCCGGUGAUCGGUGGGUUUUUGGCUACGGGGGCGGGUUGGAGAUGGGUGGAAGGGUUCCUUGCUGCUUUCUCCGGUGUGCUUUGGCUGUGUAUUAUCUUCCUGCUGCCGGAGACGUAUGCACCGGUUCUUCUGCGCCGUCGUGCAGAGAAGCUGUCGGCUUUGACUGGGAAAGUGUAUCGCAGUCAACUCGACAUUGAUCGUGGUCCUAUUCCCAUGGGGAAGACUUUGAAAACAGCUCUCUCCCGCCCGUGGGUUUUGCUUUUCCGUGAGCCCAUCGUGCUUCUCUUUUCCGUUUACAUGUCCAUCAUCUAUGGGACACUGUACAUGUUGUUUGCGGCAUACCCUAUCGUCUUCCAACAAGUCCGUGGGUGGAGCGAAGGUAUCGGCGGCCUUGCUUUCUUAGGCAUCCUCGUCGGCAUGGUCGCUGCCGUCGCCUAUACCUUCCCGGAGAAUUUCCGCUAUGCCAGAAAGUGCAGCGAAACAACCGACCGACUAGCACCCGAGCUUCGUCUCCCACCAAGCAUGGUCGGCGGCGUGGCACUGCCAAUCGGACUCUUCUGGUUCGCCUGGACCAACUCACCCAGUAUCCACUGGAUGGCCUCAGUGGCAGCAGGUGCACCCUUUGGUUUUGGCAUGGUCCUCGUCUUCCUCAGUGUCUUCAACUACCUCAUCGACUCAUAUACCAUCUUCGCUGCCUCCGUGCUAGCCGCCAACUCCGCCCUUCGCUCUCUGUUCGGCAUGGCCUUCCCCCUCUUCACCACAUACAUGUAUCAGAACCUCGGCAUCCACUGGGCAUCAUCAAUCCCCGCCUUCCUGUCACUUGCAUGUGUUCCCUUCCCGUUUAUCUUCUACAAGUACGGCGCCCGCAUCAGACAGCGAUGCACCUACGCCGCCGAGGCCGAUGCCUUCAUGCGUCGUCUUGCUGAGAAAAACCAGGCUGCCCGCCCAGAGCCGGAGAAGGACCAAUCGGCAGAUGGCCCGGAAAGCGGUAGCGACAGUGAUUCCGAUGCUCUCUCGAGUGUUCCUUCGCGGGCAACUAUCGCGCGCUAUGCUUCCCGCGCAUCUCGCGCGUCUCGUCAAUCCGGUCGCUCGAUGCAUCGCACUGCGACUGCGACGCAGUACGAGGAGAACCCGUACGAUCUGGACUUGGUGAAUACUCGACAGUCUGCGAUCAGUCGCAAGGAGUGA